GACAAGCGAGGAUAAACAUUUUACUGUUACUUGAGUCUCAGUGACUUCAUCGAUUUGCGGCUUUCUUAAUAGUACUCGUAAAUCAUCGAUGGUGUUGCGGAUUGUAACGUUAGAUUAACACCAGUAAGUUCAACGAGCACGAUCGACGGCGCGAAAGACGGUACGAAGAAGCUCACGCGGGAUAGCGAAGGGCCGCUAAGGACUAUUUUCAGGGCGAUUACAUCACCGAGCUGAAAAUUCAUAAGGCGGCUCGACAGAGAGCUCAGAGAUUUGCAUCCUCACGUCACUUUGCCUGUAACCUCGAUGUAAUAUGGGCAUCUUCCCCUCAUCUCCACCCGUGUGUAAAUACAUUUGGACGAGCGAGUGGGAGAUCGACGCCUCCCUAACGAGCAGACGGCAGCGCGCGAUGGUGGCGUUGCCGAUGACGAAGGCGCCGCGCGUCUCUCGUCAGUCAAAUAGCGAUCGUCGUUGCAUGAUCAUUUAACAUCGCAGUUGGUACAAACGCAACCACGGUGUACGCGAUUCCGACCUGCGUACGAAAAUAACUCCGCCGAGAACGUUUCUCGCGCGGCAACCACGGUCGGCUCUUCACGUUUGAACUCUACGCGUGAGACGUUCUUUCGCGAUUUUACAAAUAACUUUUCUAGAUCCGUGCGUAAAUAGUACAAGACAUCCCAACGGGCUAGUGAUAAUAAACAGAUAAAUAUUCCAUGGAGACCGGUAGUUAAUAUUUACGUAGAAUUAUUAAUAAAGGAUCACACAAUCGAUCGAACGAAGGAGGGAAGUGAAAUAAGUAGCGCUAGUGGGAACUCGAGUGUGCUUCUCGCAUUAUCGCAUCAGUGAAAGAAGAUUGACACUCGCAAGAUGAAGCGAUUGAUACUGUUGGCUCUCCUAGCCGCCGUAGCAAUGUGUAGCCACGAACCGUUCGAAGUGAUUUUCGAGUGGAAGACCAUAGACUUUCAAUGGCCGUCGGACGACGAGCGGCAAUACGCCCACACACACGGUGACUACAUUGCGGUGAACAACUUCUUCACCACCGUGAAAUUUUGGAAGGACAAGAUGUAUCUGGCGAUACCGCGAUGGAGAGAUGGUGUGCCGGUGACGCUCGCUGUCACUUCGGCGAGGCCGGUGAACGGUUCGACGGCGCCCGAGCUGGAGGCCUUCCCCAGCUGGGCCAUGCAAAAGCUGGACGACUGCAGCGCGUUCCAGUUGGUCCACAGCAUGGAGAUUGAUCCGAAAGGCCGCAUGUGGGUGCUCGACACCGGUAAACCAUCAACACUCAGGGAAUUCACGGCCCACUGUCCCGCACGUCUCGUCAUUCUCGACCUCGAAGAUAAGGGCAAGAUUCUCCGCACUUACGAGUUCCCCGAUCAUGUGGCUCGUCGCGGUAUCACCUAUCUCAACGACAUUGUUCUCGAUCACGAAGACGGCGGUAUGGCGUACAUCACCGACAGCAGCAACAAGGACCCCGGCAUCAUCGUGUAUUCCCUCAAAAAUAACACCUCGUGGAAGAUCCGUCAUGAUUCCAUGAAAGCGAAAUCCGAGGCGACUUCAUUCAUGGUGGCGAAAACGCAUGUGAUAUCGCCGGUGAACGUAGAUGGUAUAGCGCUUUCGUCAGCAAGCAGCAGCGACAGGCAAGUCUAUUACUCGCCUCUGUCUUCCUUCCACCUGUACUCGAUCCCGGUGUCCGCUUUGAAAAGCAACGCCACGAAUAUCGAUCAUUACGUGAGAGAACUCGGACGGAAGAAUUCGCAGACGGACGGCAUGGUGAUGUCGGCCAAGAACGUGCUUUACUUUGGUCUGCUGGCCGACGACGCCAUCUCCAUGUGGGACAUUAAGAAUUCGUCAUCCUUCACCAUCGGUCAGCGUGUCAUGUCGCGCGAUCAUGUGUUGACGCAAUGGCCGGACAGUUUCGCCUUCGACGAGGACGGCUAUCUCUGGUGCGUCGUCAACAUGCUGCAAAACUUCUUGAACAAUCGCGUCAACAUCGACAAGAACAACUACCGUCUCAUCAGGACACGCGUGAAUGUUAAAAACUACCAAUUCUACGAGAAUGGCACAGCACCGGAAUUGCCGGACAUCAACGCCGGCACUCCGCUUCAUGACUCCAUCAGUUUCACGCUCGUCACGCUGCUUUUAGUUUUGAUACUUGUCACGGAGUAGUAGCUUCUUCCUUCAUGGAGAAUAGUAGCGGGAAGUGGCAGCUUGUAUAUUUGGCGCGCACGCCAAAGAAAGAGAGAGAGAGUUUACCACCUGUAAGUUUACAUUUUACAGUCAAUCACUUAAAUUAUAUUAAUUCUUCAACGUGCGACACCUUUCCAUUUAUAUGUUAAGUAUAAAUAGAUAUAGAUAUAACGCGCGUGCGUGAGAGAGAGAUAAAUAUAAGAGGGUAUAAGGAGCGCGUGACGAAAAAGACGUUUAUCGAGGGAAAUGUGUCCGUAUGAUAUAUGAUUAAGAUGAGUAAUUGACUUCAUUUAAAUAAUAGUGUUAAAGUUUAUCGCUCCUCCAGCGCGUUUUCUCGAUCGAGUAAAAAGAAACAGUUCUCUCUUCGGCAUUUUUCAGUCAUACUUAACCUUGUUGUCCGUUUGCAUUAUAUAUCAUUACAGAGGUCGCUAAAGAAAGAAAAAUAGAAUAUUUCGACAAUGUUUUGCUUAUGCAACAGUGUAUAGAAUCGGUGGACAACUUCUAUUAUCUGGAUUUUCGUCGACCCCUUUACACAGUUUCGGAAUUAUUUAUAAAUCUACCUCGCGCGAGUCUAACGGAAAGAGAACUGAAUUUCAGUGGUCACACUUCUGACGGCUUGUUAGAUCAGAACGCAUUUGAUCGCCGCGAGCUCAAUCGAAUCGAAAAAGACGGAUUCGCGAGUAUAUCGAAAUUAUCAGCUUCCACUUUUAUUUCAAUUACGCAGCUGUCAAACCGUACAUCGUUCACGAUAUCGUUCGCGAAAUCCGCUGCUGCUAUUGCUGCUAAUCGUAGAAUGUCGCUGAACGAAUCUCACAUAAACGAAAGUUCAAUGUAUACUCAGAUAGACAAAGAUGCUACACAUAGCAUGCAAACAUUUGAUGUCGAUACUUCGUAAUGCAAUUGUAACAGCGCAACAUGUUUAAAACAUAUUAUUUAAAAAAAUACCAUUUUAUUACGCCAUACUUUGAAUGAAAACAGUAAUUUUCAUGGCAUUAGAUAUGCCUUCUUUCGCACACUGACAAGAUUUUUGUUCUAUGAGGACGUAUCUUUGCGCAGUUGUGUUACCAUUUUCAAUUCUCAAUUCGGUCAUUAUUCAAACAAUACACUAAAAUAUGUCUAUCUGGGUGAUUUAUACGGUGGUGGACGAAAAGGUCGAUGAGUAUGUUUGUGAGUUUCAGAAUAUGUGUAUCCCAAUGAGAGAAUUCUCCUAUUGGAUUGACGGGAUACACAUAUUUCGAAACUCACAUAAAACAUACUCGUCAAACUUUUUCUCCACGAUCGUGCGAUAUUAAUGUUAAUAUGUAUGUAUACGUGUAUAUUUUUAACACUUUAUUUAGCAUCUCCAGCAUCAAAUCCAAACCUGAGUAGUCUUUUGCGGUUUAACUCAAAUCGACGAGUCGUGUUACUUCAGUUUCGUGUUAAAUCUCCGUUUGUGUAUAUAAAGCAUUUAUUAAUAUUUAUUAUUAUUGUUAUUAUAUUAUUAAGUUGUGAAAAUUAUUAGUAUUACUAAUUGUUCUCAUAGAUGCUAUAUCGGUGCUAACGUUAUUAUAUGUCAAGAACCACAAAUAUUAUUAAUAAAUGUUCACUCUCUUCACGUAAUAUAACAAAAGCGAAUUCCAAAUAAAGGUAUUUAUUUCUUAGAA